AUGGGGCACUCUGCGAAGAUCACGAGGGGGGGCGACAAGACCCGCGUGAACGAGGGCCGCCGCGAGGCUAAGAUGCGCGCGCAAGGUGCAAAGACCCACGCCACAUCCGCGAAGGAGGCACUCGAGGCGAGGCGCGCGCAGAAGAAGAAAUCGCAGGCCAUCGCCACAGAGCUUCGCGCCAAGGCCCAGGUGCAAGCGAAGCCAAUCGUAACUAUGGCGCCGAAGGUCCAGAAGCCAGCGAAAUAG